UAUCUCACUCCUACAGUCCUACGAGUACUACUUUUUUGACUCUAUCUACACAGGUAAAUGGGAAGCCAUAAAAUACCUUUCUUGACCGUUAUCUCUCCUUAAAAUAAAAACUUUUGUUUAUUCAAUAUACAUCGCAUCGUCCCACCAUAAUAAAAAAAAUGUAAAAAUAGUCAAGGAAGGAUGGCGCUUUCCAUUUCUUGUUCAUGUCCUUCGUCUAUUUUUUAUAGUAGUAGUAUAAUUGGACUUCAAACUGCCUCGUUUCAGAUUCAGAUCUUUCUUAAUUUCAAUUCCAACCAAUCGGGGCGGGUCAACGUGAAGCUUUCACGGGCCUCAAGAUUUCCUACUCCGGCGGCUUCCUCUGUCAGAUUUGGCAAACGAAUUCAUCUUAGUCACCAUCGGAUCAUCAGCGGCGGCGGAGUGGUGAUGACGAUGGAGACUUCUUCUAAUUCUGAAGGAUGUUCUUCUAGUCCUAAUUCUAGGAGGAAUCUCACGACGUCGGAUCACCUGCGGCACGUGGAGUCCAUGGCUACACUGCCUUCGGGCGCCGGCAGGAUACCCAGAUUGAACGCCAUCGUCCUAGGAGAGGCACUUGCCUCCGAGGAGGAUGAUCUCGUCUUCCCCAGUGGCGAAUUCUCCCGACUAGCUCUCAUUCCCUCUCCCCAAAAGUAUUUAGAGAUGUAUAGAAGGUCAAUUGAGGACCCGGCUGGAUUUUGGUCAGACAUUGCGUCAGAGUUCUACUGGAAGGAGAAAUGGGGCCAAGAGGUCUACUCGGAGAAUUUGGAUAUCAGAAAGGGGAACGUCAAGAUCGAGUGGUUCAAGGGUGGUAUCACCAGCAUUUGCUACAACUGCUUGGACAGAAACAUUGAAUCUGGAAAUGGUGACAAAAUUGCUAUAUAUUGGGAAGGAAAUGAGCCCGGUCUUGAUGGCAGUUUAACAUACAGCCAGCUGUUGGAGAGAGUUUGCCAGCUUGCAAAUUACUUGAAAGAUGUUGGUGUUAGAAAGGGUGACGCUGUUGUCAUUUACUUGCCCAUGCUUAUGGAACUGCCAAUCUCAAUGCUCGCAUGUGCCCGCAUUGGUGCCGUCCACUCAGUUGUUUUUGCUGGAUUCUCUGCAGAUUCUCUUGCCCAAAGGAUCAUGGAUUGCAAACCAAAGGUUGUAAUAACUUGCAAUGCUGUUAGGAGAGGGUCUAAGGUCAUCUGUCUUAAAGACAUAGUUGAUGCUGCCCUUGUAGAAUCACACCAAAAAGGCAUCUCUGUAGAUGUAUGCUUGACCUAUGAAAAUCAAUCAGCCAUGAAGAGGGAAGCUGCUAAAUGGCAGGAGGGAAGAGAUAUCUGGUGGCAGGAUGUUGUUCCUAAAUAUCCAACUACAUGUGCUGUGGAGUGGGUUGAUGCAGAAGAUCCACUCUUUCUGCUCUAUACCAGUGGGAGCACUGGAAAGCCAAAGGGUGUUUUGCAUACAACUGGGGGAUACAUGAUAUACACUGCAACAACAUUCAAGUAUGCAUUUGACAACAAGCCAUCAGAUAUAUACUGGUGUACAGCUGACUGUGGUUGGAUCACUGGACAUAGCUAUGUUACUUAUGGACCUCUACUUAAUGGAGCAACAGUUGUAGUUUAUGAAGGGGCACCAAACUAUCCAGAUCCAGGACGAUGUUGGGACAUUGUUGACAAAUACAAGGUGACAAUAUUCUAUACUGCCCCCACGCUGGUGCGGUCUCUCAUGCGUGAUGGAGACAAGUAUGUCACCCGCUAUUCACGCAAAUCCUUACGAGUCCUUGGAAGCGUAGGCGAGCCUAUUAAUCCAAGUGCAUGGAGGUGGUUCUUCAAUGUUGUUGGAGAUUCAAGGUGUCCCAUAUCUGACACUUGGUGGCAAACAGAGACUGGUGGCUUCAUGAUUACCCCUUUACCAGGUGCCUGGCCACAGAAGCCUGGUUCUGCUACUUUUCCUUUCUUUGGGGUUCAGCCCGUGUUAGUAGAUGAGAAGGGUAUUGAAAUUGAAGGUGAGUGCAAUGGAUAUUUGUGUGUGAAAAGCUCGUGGCCUGGAGCGUUUCGUACGCUUUAUGGGGAUCAUGAAAGAUAUGAAACUACAUACUUCAAGGCAUUUCCUGGCUAUUACUUCAGUGGUGAUGGCUGCAGCAGGGACAAGGAUGGAUAUUACUGGCUUACUGGAAGAGUUGAUGAUGUUAUCAACGUGAGUGGACAUCGUAUUGGCACAGCAGAAGUGGAAUCUGCUCUAGUUUCACAUCCCCAGUGUGCUGAAGCUGCUGUAGUCGGCGUUGAGCACGAGGUUAAAGGACAGGGCAUAUAUGCGUUUGUUACUCUGGUGGAAGGUGUUCCUUACAGUGAAGAACUCCGUAAAAGUCUCAUACUUGCUGUCAGAAACCAGAUUGGUGCAUUUGCAGCUCCUGAUAAAAUCCAUUGGGCACCUGGUCUUCCGAAGACGAGAAGUGGAAAGAUAAUGAGGAGGAUUCUUAGGAAAAUUGCUUCUAGGCAGUUAGAUGAGCUAGGGGACACAAGCACACUUGCGGAUCCAAAUGUGGUUGAUCAGCUUAUCGCAUUUGGUGAUUGUUGAAGUUCCAAAUUGGUGAUCGCAUUUGGUAAUUGUUGAAGUUCCAAAUUUUGAGUUCAGAGAAGUGACUCGGUUGGAGCAUCGUCAGUUAAAUUCCCUACAUACCAAAACUUUUAGCUCUGUUGAGUGAAUAAACAAUAAAAAAUAUUUGGUGUUCCAUGCUGUUGGUGUUCCAUGCUGUUAGCUCUAGCAAACUUCUUAUCACUAUGUAUUUUUGUGACUGACAUAAUAUAGGCAGGUUUAUAUUUUCCAAAGCCACUAAGAAAAUGUUCAACUCCUUGUAGAUGGCAGUUACAGAGUUGGAACUAGUGAAAAGAAAAUUGCAGAAGAAAAUAAUAAAAAUCCGGAUGCAGAAUCUUAUUUAUACUGA